AGAGAUAGAACCACAAAACCAAACACAAAGCGGGCAGAUUCACGCGCUGCGUAAAGAGGAGUGAAUGGAUGAAAGGAGAAGAUUCCUGCAGAUUGCUGCGGCUGGAGAGCUGUGAGGAGAUACCUCCAAGAUGUUGUGAAGUUUUACUCUCAACUAGGAGCUCUACAGAGGAGGAAAUACCCAGCCACCGUGGGAUGUUGGACCAGAACCUUUGGCUCUGAGUGUGGAUGGUCUGGCUGCCGAGUCCUGGAGGUGGAGCAGGGAGCUCGCUGCGGCGGGGAUGCUGCAGUUGUGUCGGUUUUGGCAGGGAGACCUGUGAAAAAUGAAAGUGGACGUGUUGACUUGCUUGGUUCUGACAGCGGCCAGCUUUGUUGCCAUGGUGACCGGCGGCCGCAGCUCCAACCGCAGGAGACACAAGGAGGUUUUCCUCGGAGAGAACAGCAAGUUCAAGUUUGGAGGACGCAUCGAUUACAAGCUGAAGAGACAAGACAGCACCAAAACGCUGCUAAUAAAAAGUGAACAACUGCUGAGGAUCGAGGAGCACGACUUCGCCAUGAGACCGGGCUUUGGAGGUUCAGCCAUCCCUGUGGGCAUCGAUGUGCAGGUGGAGAGCAUUGACAGCAUCUCUGAGGUCAACAUGGACUUCACCAUGACUCUUUACCUGCGUCACUACUGGAAGGACGAGCGGCUGUCGUUUCCAUCCCGUAACAACCAAAGCCGGACGUUCGAUUCCCGACUGGUGAAGAAGAUCUGGGUUCCUGACGUCUUCUUUGUCCACUCCAAACGCUCCUUUAUUCAUGACACGACCAUGGAGAACAUCAUGCUGCGGGUUUACCCCGACGGGAACAUCCUCUACAGUGUCAGGGUCACGGUAACCGCUCUCUGCUCAAUGGACUUCAGCAGGUUUCCUCUGGACACUCAGAACUGCUCGCUGGAGCUGGAGAGCUAUGCUUAUAAUGAGAACGAUCUGAUGCUUUACUGGAAGAACGGGAACGACUCUCUGAGGACCGAUGAGAUCGUCUUGUCCCAGUUCUUCAUUGAACACUUCCACGCCUCCAGUGGCCUCGCCUUCUACAGCAGCACAGGUUGGUACAACCGACUCUUCAUAAACUUCAUCCUACGGCGGCACAUCUUCUUCUUCAUGCUGCAGACGUACUUCCCAACCAUGCUGAUGGUCGUCCUGUCCUGGGUGUCCUUCUGGAUCGACAGGAGAGCGGUUCCUGCCCGAGUGUCUCUUGGUAUAACCACUGUCCUCACCAUGUCCACCAUCAUCACUGGAGUGUCCUCGUCCAUGCCUCAGGUGUCGUACGUGAAAGCUGUGGACAUCUACCUGUGGACCAGCUUCCUGUUUGUCUUCUUGUCUGUCAUCGAAUACGCUGCUGUGAAUUACUGCACCACUCUGGAGGAGAUGAGGAAGAUGAGGAGGGGGAAGAUCCCCUCCACCUUCAACGCCAGCCAGGCCAUGGCCUUCGACGGCUGUUACCAUGACAACGACAUCGAGCUGACCCCCUUCCCUCGGAUGGCGUCCACGCUGGCCAGCAACCCCCUGACCACUCAGAGCCAGAACUCUGACCUGCGGCCCCCAGAGGGGACCCGGCUACGGCGGCAGCGGUCUGUGCGGGAGAACGUGGACCUGCUGGUGAACAACAGCUACAUGAUCGACUCGUACUCGCGCCUGGCCUUCCCUCUGUCCUACCUGCUCUUCAACACCGUCUACUGGAGCAUGUACUCCUGAUCAACCCUGACCUACGACCUGUUCACACUGAGCUCUGAAGCUCGGGACACGCCGGCUUGAUGCCACAGAGACUGCAGAGAAAACUCCUGAGUUCACCUGAGGAUGUGUUGAACCGUUUCAGCCAUUUGUUAACUGGAGGUGUUUAACAUCCUGAGAGUACGCCGUUGUAUUACUGUUAUUUUUUUUUUAUUUAUGUGUUUCUUUUUGUCUUUUGUCGUGAUCUCAUGCAAAAAUAUUUCAUCUCUGACAGCUAAAAUAAAGCUAAAAUAUUGUAAAAUGGCUUGUUUUAAGGAAAACAUGAGAAUAAACAAACUCAAACAUGUUA